UGCCCCCCAGUGGUCAGCAUGAAUACGACACCAAACAAAUGACCAAGCUUGACGUCAUCAAAAUGAGGGAAAAACUCAGCGGGGCACAAAAAAAUGCUCGUUUGGUGUCGUUAUAAUACUUUUUUUAAAAAAUAUUUAGUUUUAUUAAUUUUAAAUAACGCGGUUUUCUAGUGAGCUCAGAACAAACGUUGAUGUGGAGAUGUGGCGCUACCAGAAGCCAGGAUUUAAAGCCCUUCUCGUGGCUGAGUUGCAGAAACAGCAACAGCACCAGCAGUUGUGUGACACUCUGCUGCGGGCAGAAGGUGUUACAGUGCCAGCACACAGUUGUGUCCUUUCAGCCAUCAGCCCUCAGCUGUCCACUGCUCUGUCCUCCUCAUCGGUGCCCCCAGCUGGACAAAAGCAGCUGGUGGAAUUUGGGACCAUGGGCGCCAGCUCGCUGCUCCAUGUGGUCAGACUGCUGUACUCGGGGGAGAUGGCUGGGGAGGGGGAGAGUGAGAAGCAGGAGGCUGUGUCGGCAGCAACCAAGCUUGGCAUCGUGGGGCUGGUGGAGGUCACGGGGCGGUUGGGGAGAGGUGGCGUGGGCACUGAGGUUGGCGUGCAGACUGAUAUGGUGGAGCUCGGGGAGAAGGACGUCACAUGGCGGAGGUGGGAGGUUAGUGACGGCAGCACUAUCAUGUGGAAAGAGACGCUGUCAACCGGCAAAAAAGACGCACUGACUCAGACAGAAGAAAUCCAAGCAAGCUUCGACCCCUCCUGUCAGCUUGUGCCUGCCUAUGAGACCAUUGACAUGGCUCAGUUUGAGAGCUUAGGACUGGCCAACAAUCAUCUCGUUCAUCCAUACGUUCCAAUUCCCCUCAUUUGCUCGCGAGAUGAAGCCCAAAAUCUUCAAACAUCCUCUGUGGCUGGACACCCAGACACGCUGUGGAUUGCUGACUCCCAGAGCUACUUGUCCAGCAGUCACCAGGCAGAAGCCAGAAUUUUAGGAGGUGAAAAAGGGGGGCACAAGCAGUUUGAGCAGUUUUGUGACAACAUCCCAGGAUUCAUCAGCCACUUUUUAAACAUGGAUCCCGAGGAGGCGUCACAGAGGGGGCGAGGUAAGAGGACGUUCCGAGGAACAGGCAGGGCCAGGCAACGCGGAGGAGCUGAGAGACAAGCGCGGAGCCCGCGAGCUCGCAGAGGGGGGAUGCGGAGAGGUGGGUGGAUGCAGACAGUGGAUGUGCAGGAAGUCGGCGUGAGUAGGCAGCACAAGUCAUUCCUGCAGAGGUGCGGGAUGCCGACCACUAUGAGGACGGGGCAGGGGGGAGGAGCCACAGGCAGGAAGUUGUACCUAAAAACUAGACACAUUCUGGAUUUGCCCUGGAGCCCCCAGAAGAGACGAGGGCGGCCCAAAGCGAUGGAUUUUAGCCUGGGUGGACCAAGUCAGAUUUCCAGCUGGAUGGGGGUUGGGGACAACAAGAAGCCUGAAAAGAGGAGCAAAAUACAGCAGGAUACACAGGUGCCACAUACUGCCCCACGUCCUUCGUCUCAUGUGGAUUCACCAGAGCACUUAGAUUGUCUCUUCGAUGAAGUGAUGAGGGACACGGAUGUUAGAACGAGCAGCAGCGCUCCACACGACCAGCCACCUCCACCACCCCAGAGCUGCAGCUGCACCGUCGCCUCCUGUGGUGGUGACUCUGGCUAUCCUGCUGGCUCGUGUAUUCAUAGCGCCACAGAGGUUGUUGCUACGGGACGAGCAAAUAGCGAGCUGGUCCUUCUGGAGCCGCGGGCGGAUGCAGAUCUUAAAGCUGUGUUGGAAGAGUUCCUGCAGUCCUUUGAGCAACAGAGUGGCAGCUGUGUUAUCAGGAAGGCACAAGAGAAGCAAGAUGAUGGUCGCAUUCACUCCCCACAGCAUAGACAAGAGGAAUCAACGUCCUCACGCUCAAUCACGCAAACAGCAACUUCUUGCAAUGCCACUAAGAGAGUUAAAGCUGCACGGAAGAGAAGAAGAAAGAAACGGCGUCCUCUACAAGCUAAGGAGCGGAUCCAUGAGUCAAAUCCUGCACAAUCGAAGACAAGCUCGUCAUCAGCGCAUCAGCAAGUCUCAAUUAUCAGAAAGACAUAUCCUAUCAGGAGUCGAUCCAAAAUACCCCACAUCACGGAUCAGCCUCUCCCGGCAAAACGACCCAAGACGAAGACACAGCUUCAUGGUGAAAGUCCAAUCUCAACAAUGUCUGGAACUCCUGCAGAUGAUGGUGACCCACUUGAGGAGAAUCAAGAGAGAUGUGAAAACAAUGCAAUGGAGGAGGAGGAGGUUGUGAAGAGGGCGGCCAAGAGGCGAGCCCAGCCAGAAGAAGAGACCGAGGAUAUUGGCAGUGAAGUCAAGAAGAAACACCUUGAGCCAAAGGCUCUGCUUCUUGUGAAGUCGUCUGAAGAGACCGCCAUGCCGGCAAGCGCAGGAGAUACAGUAUACAUAGAAGAGACAAGGGUGAUCGAACAAAACAAAGAGCUCACCAACACCAACACCAACACAGAGGUCAGCAUGGGAAGAGGAAGUGAAGAGGAGGAGUACAUCGACGUGGUUGGAGGGUUGGAAUCCAUCCCCGAUCCGGUCUCCAUCACCUGGUCACUGUCUUCAGUGAGCGAGGAGGAGGAGGUCGACGAGGAGAUCGACAUAAUAGGAGAGGCAAACUUAACUUCUAUCUCUAUCUGACCAGUUUUGCUACAAUAAAAGUUCUCUUUGAUUC